CGACGCUUCCCAGGGAAGCACUCACGCGGCCUGCCACCAUGCGGAUUCGAGUCAAGUCCGUCACGGGCGAGGAGGUUGAGGUCUCGGUGGCGGACGACGGAUUGGUGGCCGAGCUCAAGGCCGCGCUGGUGGCAGCACGAGCGGAGUGGCAGCCAUCGUCGCGUCUCCGCAUCGCGUGCAACGGCGCCAUGCUUGACGACGCAUCGCCCCUGGCGGAUGCGGUGAAUACAGGCGGCCGCUUCAUCGUCGUCGUCGGAAGUGCUCCGCCGGUCACGCCGCAAGCACCGCCCGCCGAUGUGCUGCCCGCGGUGCCGCCACCGUCGCUCGACGAGCUCUUCAGCCUCGCAUCGCCGGCGGCGCUGGGCGUGCUGCUCAAGCUUGCGAGCAACGUGCUGGGUGCGCCGGACGAGGCCAAGUUCCGCAGGGUCCGCCGCGGCAACCAGAUGGUCGCUGGCAAGGUGCUCUGCCACGCCAAGGGAGAGGUGUGGCUGGCGGCACUUGGCUUCGAAGCCGCGCCCGCCAGCGCGGGCGGCGUGGAGGCGGCGGACGAGGACAUUCCCCUCGUGACCACCAUCUCUGCGGCGGCGUUGCGCCCGGUGCAUGCGGCACUCACACGGGCGGUCGACGGGGCGCGGCCGUCGCGCGUCUGCGUCGCCAAGGGAUGGGUUGUGCACGGGCUGUGCAUCGAGCUGGGCGACGGCUCCCGCUGCGGCGCCUUCCUCGAGAAUGACGGCAGCCGGAUGGACCUCACCGACGACGCCGGCCUGGCCCGCCGCGGCGGCGCAUGGCACGAGGCGGAGGCGGGCGAGCGGCUCGUGGCGGUGCGCGGGCGGAACUCGGCGAUGGGGUACUUGUGCGGCGAAGUCCACCUGGUCCUGUCGUCGGGGCGGACGCUGCCGAUCGUCGGCGAGAACGCCAGCGUGUUCGGCGCGUCCUUUGAGUAUGCCGUGCCACCGCUCGACGAGCUUGCUGACAUCCUCUUUGCCGACGGAAAGUGCGUCGGGAUCACGCUACGCUCCGAGGCGCUCCAACGGCAGGCGGCCGCCACGCAGUCCGCCAACCCGCAGGGCGCUAAAAGUCCUCCUCCGCCGCCGGCCGAGCUCGAGCGGCCACGCGUCCUCCAUUCCGUCGCGCAGCUCCACUCUUGGGCCGCUGCGCGCGCGACGGAAGCGCCGCGGCCGCGCGCGCCCACCGCGCCGACGACUGCGCUGCCCAAGAGGCCGCGCGCGCUGGCCUGCCACGACUGCCGCGGCGGGUACAACCCUCUCGCCGACGACGAGUACCUGAACUGCUUCCGCGGGUGGGAGGCCGUCGACGUGUUCGUCUACUUUGGCCACCACCGCGUCUCGAUGCCGCCCCGCGUGUGGGCAUGCCACGCGCGCAGUCUGCCGUGCCUCGGCACGCUCAUCGUGGAGGGAGACGCGCCGAGCGAGGCGGCGGGGAUGGGAGCGGUGCACGAGCUGCUCGAGCUGCUCACGGUCUGCCUCAAGCAGCGGGUCGGCGAGCAGGCCCACGCCCUCGUCCUCGUGUACGAUUCCCUCGACCGCACCGGGCGCGUGCGCUACCAGAACAGCCUCGCCCCAGACAACAAGGCCGCCUUCGACGCGUGCGAUGGCCUCUUCACCAACUACUGGUGGGGCGCGAAGCAGCUGGCGCAGUCUGUGGCCCUCGCCGGCGCGCGACGAUCGAUCUGCGCCUGGCCGCGGUUGGGCGAGGUCGCGCCUCCGUGCCCCGCCGCGUCGCGCGCGGUCGCAAACGGAAGCUCGCUCAGCUGCAGCGUGCGCCGCCCGUUCCAGUACGACUGGAGCACCUCACCGGCCGAGGUGGCAAAGGUGAAGUCGUCCGUCUUGACCGUGAGCGACCACGGGCAGAUGCGCAGUUUGCUGAAGCUGCUCACGAGCACCGUGCCGCGCGCCGCGCCGCCGGGCGGGAAGUACGACAGAUUGGUUGACGGGUUGCGCAACGAGACAAACUCGGUCGGGCGCGCGCUGAGGACGUUGUGGCAAAAGAGCUCGAGUGGCGGCUGGGACCGGUCGCCGUGCGCCCAGAGGCGGUACUCGCCGUCCGCGCCCGACGGCUCGUCCGCGCCGCCCUCGAUGCGGAGCUUGACCGCCACGUCGCGUGCGCAUGCCGGAGUGAGCGCGCGCAACGCGAGGCAGAUGCCGCGCCACUCGUGGCACACCUCGCCCACUCGGUCGAGCUCGCCCGCGCUGAUGAGGCACCCGGCGGCCACCGCGCGCGUCGUGCUGCGCGAGAGCAGAGGGAAGAUGUGGAGGAGUACCACGUCUGCCGGAAGCGACAGCUGA